AUGGGACUGGUCACUACCCUCGUGGACCCCCACCCACCACCUCCACCACGCCUAUCAUCUGCUGCUAACCUCACCAGACCGGUACACUCCCACUUGAGUCCCAAAACCAUUAUCUAUGGAAACAGUGACGGCGCCGGUUCUCAAGUGAGCGUUUCUAGUUUGACUCUUGUAUUAAGCCACUAA